ACCAACAGUGACAAGCAGCGAAGGCGCCGGAUCUCCUCGUGAGGAAGUCCACUCCUGGCUUGGCAGGGAUUGGGGGCAGCCCCCUCAGGGGUGCAGAGGGACCCCCCAAAUCUGGUGUUUGUGGGGGGGGGGCGUCUCUGGCUUCUGGCUGGAGGGUGCCAACUCCUGACCCCGAGACUCUUGGGCCAACCUGAGGAGGAGGAGGAGGAGGAGGAGGAAGAGGAGGCACCAUGCCGCUGCCCUGCAGGAGCCGGACCCUGGCGCUGCUGACCCUACUCCUGGGCAUCCUCAUCUUCGCGGACAUCUCGGAGAUCCAGCUGGAGCUGGGGAAUUCAGGAGGCAGAGGGACAAUCAGAUCAGCGGCGAACAGCUUACAUAGCAAAUCUAAUAGAGUUGAAGUGGGAAUAAACGGCUCCUCGUCUCCAGCUGCUGUUGACAGAAGUAAUGAAAGCCUGAAGCAUCAUGUUCGGCUGGGCCUGUCCAAAUGGAAACACAACCAGACUCUCUCUUUGAAGAUCAGGAAGCACAUCUUGAAAUUUUUGGAUGCCGAGAAGGACAUUUCAGUGCUCAAAGGGACGCUGAAGCCCGGCGAUAUCAUCCACUAUCUCUUUGACAGGGACAGCACCAUGAACGUGUCCCAAAACCUCUAUGCGCUCCUGCCCAGAACCUCGCCUCUGAAAGGCAAGCAUUUUCGGACCUGCGCGAUUGUGGGGAACUCGGGCAUUCUCCUGAACAGCGCCUGCGGGGAGGAAAUCGACGCUCAUAGUUUUGUGAUCAGAUGCAACCUAGCUCCAGUACAAGAGUACACCCAAGACGUUGGAAGCAAGACAGACUUAGUGACCAUGAACCCUUCGGUCAUCCAACGUGCCUUCGAGGACCUGGUGAACGACACUUGGCGGGAAAAGCUGCUCCAGCGCUUGCAGGGUCUCAACGGCAGCAUCCUCUGGAUCCCGGCAUUCAUGGCGAAAGGGGGCAAGGAGCGCGUGGAAUGGGUCAACGAGCUGAUCCUCAAACAUCGCAUCAACGUGCGCACGGCUUACCCGUCUUUGCGUCUCUUGCACGCCGUCCGAGGGUACUGGCUGACCAACAAGGUGCAUAUUAAACGCCCAACCACCGGUUUGCUGAUGUACACCCUGGCGACUCGCUUCUGUAACAGGAUUCACCUGUACGGCUUCUGGCCUUUUCCCCGGGACCAGGACCAAAAUCCCGUCAAGUACCACUACUACGACAGUCUGAAAUAUGGCUACACAUCGCAGGCGAGCCCUCACACAAUGCCCUUGGAGUUCAAAGCUCUAAAAGCUUUGGACCAGCAGGGUGCCUUGAAACUCACGGUGGGGGAGUGUGAGGGGGCCACGUAGAGACAGGUCCUGGGGGCUCAACAGGUAGUUGGGGGAAGGGGGAGCCCGGGAAAAGCAGUCGUGGGUGGAGAUUGUUUUCUUAACAGCAGAACAGGGAGGCGAGCAUAUAGACAUGGUAUCUCUGUACCUCCUUGGGGUUCGCAAAAGGAAGAACCUCGGGUCUGAUGGGAGAUGCAGCCCAGGAGAGGGGAGGCGGUUUGGCGGAGGGGAACGGGGUCCUCGUGCCCUUUCUCCGAAGCUUGGAAAGUCGUUGUGGUCCGUAUGGGUACUUUUAGCGUGACAAGUAAAUGUUAGGGCAGUAUUGUGAGUUGGUCUAGAAUUGGUAGCUAGGGUCCGUUGGGCCAGCAAGCCAGGCUUCUGGCUCGUGUUGUGUUCUUGCUUAGUGGUAUUGAGAGGGUCUUGGGGGUGGGGGUAGGUUCUGCAAUCCAGAGAAGAGCGAAGAGGGUCUGGGAUCACGGAAAAACAGCCAGAGGUGGUUCUCGGGAAGCGCUUGCUUCCCAAGGCAUCGACUGAGUUGUAAAACUCCAGUUUCAUGCCGCUUCGGAAAUGUUCGGCAGACGGAAAUGUUCGGCAGACGCCGCUUCGGAAAUGUUCGGCAAACUGACUACCGGUUUUGGAGUUGAGAGAGGCAGCCGGAGAUUCGUUAUGACGGGUUCGUCUCUUUUAACACAAGGAGAGAGAACGUCAGGACCUCGAGGAAAUGGUGGCUUUUAAAAGGAAAGGUUUGAAGGGCUUAAGACUCUGAAGCUUGGCUUUUGGACUAUUCCUGUGUUCGGAAAUGUCUGUGGGGUAAGUGGGAAUAGGAAUAUCCUUAAAUAUAGGACUUUGGAGGCUACCGACCCAAAGGGUUGGUAUCAAAGAUUUCAAUUUUUAGGAAUACGGUUCUCUGGGUACCAUUCAGAAGCUAAACCAAAUCUAAGAGCUGAAAAUUAGCUGAAGUUCUCAUUUUACAACUGACUGGAUUUAUUGUGGUUUGACGGUUUUUUUUUAAAAAAAAAAAUAAACAGGUAGUUUUAA